CGUAAAACGUGGACACCUAAGACUCAGUGGCACAACUUCAACGCAGUGAUCUUGACGUUUGUGACUCUCGGACGGCAUACAUUUUCCUUUCAUGGGUACUGAGGAAGGUCUAGAACCCCCUAUGAUACCAGCACUUUUUGACCCGCUGGUAUUUGAGGUCAGACAAUGCCGGCACUUGGUUUAAAGCUCAACACUGCAUGAAAAGACCGACAAGCGAAGAUGAAACCUUUCCUGACACAACUGCGCCCACAGCGUGACACGGUCACGACAGUUCUGCUCGGAGCCUGGUUCAUCUCGCUCGGCGUGCUGAAGAUUCUGUUCAUGAAAUUUUCAGCGAAUGAAGAUGGAGGGUAUGACUACUUGCCAGUGACUGUGAGUGUGUGUGCAGAGUUCCUGAAGCUACUGGUGUGUGGGACCAUAGCAAUAUGGGUCAAGUACACAGAGGAAGGUUCGUUUAAGGACAAGUUUGCCAUCACCAGACAUGACAUGUUAGGACUGCUGCGCUGGGCUGUACCAGGUCUGCUGUAUUUUAUGGACAACCUCAUGCAGUUCUACGUCAUCACGUUUUUCCAUCCUGCAAUGGCAGUUCUACUAUCCAACUUUGUCAUCAUCACCACCUCUCUGCUUUUCCGACUAGUGUUGAAGAGAGUUCUAACUUCCAUUCAGUGGGCGUCCCUGGCUGUCCUGUUCCUGGCUAUUGUGUCCCUGUCCAGCCAAAGUCACCACGUCGGCGCUGAGUCCAGCUCUGUCCAGAAACCCCAGGCCAUUGACCACGUGGUGGUGGCCAGUCUCAACCACCAUGACCAGAUCUGCAUGGUCCGACAGAGCCUCAUCAACAACGAAACAUCGCACAUUGACCACACCUCAACUUCAAAUUUGCCAUUUUCCCUAAACAUGGGCCACCUCUUGGUGAUAGUGCAAUGUUUCAUCGCCUCCUCUGCCAACAUUUACAAUGAGAAAAUCUUCAAGGAAGGAAACGGCUUGCAAGAAAGCAUUUUCAUCCAGAACAGCAAGCUUUACAUGUUUGGUGUUCUCUUUAACGGCAUCACCCCCCUGAUAAUACCGAGUUACAGGAGACGGCUGUUUGAAUGUGGCUUCUUCUACGGCCACAACAGUUACUCCAUUGCACUACUCUUUGAUGUGGCGUUAUUCGGACUGACGGUGUCCAUUAUUCUGAAAUUCAGGGACAACAUGUUUCACGUGUUGGGCACGCAGGUCACGACGGUUAUCGUAAUCACCUCGUCAAUUUACCUCUUCCAUUUUGUGCCAACGCUGCAGUUCUUCCUGACAGCGCCUAUCGUCCUCCUGGCGGUUUUCAUCUACAAUGCAGCCAGGGUGAAAAGUACGAAAACGAAGCACGGCGCCUCAUUGGUGAGGACUCACGAUCAGGAAGAAAGGGGCAGGCCAGAAGGAAUGGAGCUUCUCCCCAGACAGAGGCACAACAGUGCCAGCAAAACUUCUGAUGAAGAAACUGAAGAAGAACUCUGAGACUUUUAAAUUAAGAAAUUUGAGGACACCUUCUUUGAAAUGGUAACUUUUUUUAUCCUCAAGGGAAGCCCAUAUUGUGGGAAAUGUUUUCUCAGUGGAAGAAAACUUCAUUCAAGACAUGUUUUUAUGUUAACCCCAAACACUCCUUGGAUUUAUAUUGAUACAGUCUGUAACAAGUGAUUUGCGUUUAGGGUAACAAGUUCAUUUUUUUAGCUGGGCUAAAUUUUUAAAGUAAAAAAGGCAAAUGAAUGUAGCUCAGGGCUAUAUUUUUGGUGAAAAUGCAUAUUUUUGCAUUGAAUUUAAAACUUGAUACCAGCCAGAAUGCCUUGUCACUUCUCAGGUUGAGAAUCUGUAUGAUAUGACUAUAAAAACUUAGAUAGAAAAAUACUAGAAAUAUAAAUUUUUUGUCAAUGUGUUUCAUAAUGUACUAAGCCUAAAGAUGUCAAGUGUCUAACACGGUACCGGUGAAGCAAUAGGAGUUCACAAACUGUAUGUAUGUGAGUAAUUUGUCCCAGCCUGAGUGACAGUGAUAUGUUUCAGCAAAACAAUUUAAAGAGUGCAUCGGCAAAUGUUAGUAAUGAAGCUGUCUUAAACAAUCAUGACAUGAAAAAAGGUGAAUUAGUUGCCAAAUGAUACAUUUGUAUCAUUAACAACAUAAUUCAGUUCUAUUAAUAAUGCAGCUUCAGUAUGGUGGUUUGUUUUUGGACUGCAGAGAAAAAAUGACUAGAACAUAUAUUUUCUGAAAUAUAAUUUAUUAGGCUAUAACUAACUGAUUUGUCUAGAUAUUUGCACUGCCUGAGAUAUAAUUGAGUAAGUUUAUUAUAGAUUUGCUUAUGAAAUUGCGCAGCCUAAUUCCACCACACAGAGUGCCCUAACACAGUGUGCCUUACAAAAGGCAACUUUUAAAUAAAUUAUACCCCAUUUCAUAUCAUAUUGAUAUAGAAUUAUGUCACAAUCACAUCAAAUUAUAUCACAUAUAUGAUAUGAUAUAGAGCCAAUGGUUCUUUCUCAGGUGGAAAUUAAAGGAAAACAAUUCAUGUUAUAAUCUUUUUGUAGAAGUAGCUAAAGCCUUCAAGUAGCACAUUGUGUGAUUUUAUUUUCUUUCUCAAAAUAAUGCAUAGUGUGUAGCAAGCAACCAUAUGACUAGGACUUCCUUGAAAAUUUUAUUCUUGAUUUGUUUAAUUACAUGUACUUGUGCCAAUAGAGGAUGCUACUAUUAUUUGAUAGGUGUGGGUGCCUUUUGACUCAAUACUGUUGUAGAUUGAAAGUGCAAUCAAAAUCAGCAGAUUCGAACAUCGUGCCAUGUUUACUUCAUAAGAAAACUAUGAAAGGGCUAAGUUUCCACUUAGCUUAUAUAUGCUACAAGUAGAUGUAUAUUUUCUGACUGUCAUAAAAAUGUCUUGUCCCUGUUGUUAAUGUUACACUGUGUGCAUGAGACAUGCUGAUUGUAAUCAUUGUAGACUUGAUCUAAAGCAAAGCCUGUAUCAAAUUGUAGGUCAGUGUGACUGAAUGACAGCAAUACACCAAUCUAACACUUCUUUGUGAUGUCUGUUUUAUUCAUGA